GAGGGGUGGGGGGACGAAACUAAGUGGGGGCACCAGUCGAGACCAGGGCCUUUUGGACGUCUAGACAGCGCAGACUGUCACCAUGGCAGAGGGCCUCGGCCCUGCAGAGGCCGAGAGUAGAGAAUUUGCCGUAAUACGUGAGCACUACAGUCUCCUGGUCAAGACAAUCAGUAGUAAUAUCACCUACUUCGCUGUUAAAUUUUACGAGAAGAAGUUCAUUUCAUACAGUUCAAAAAGGGACAUAACAAGUAUACUUGGCGUUGGAGAAGAAGUAAUAGCUGAUAAACUAUUGGAGAAAGCUCUCAACAAUUUAAGCAUUGCAAGAAGCAAAGAGAAAUGGUUCCAUGUAUUCACCGCCAUAUUUCGUGCUGAGUGUGCUUACCAAGAUCUUGCCGACACAAUGGAAGAAUUCUAUGCAGAUAGUUGUCAAUCAGUUGUUGUGUCAAUACGUGCUGAAGUUGCAGAAUUUGAUGAAAGGUUUAGAUUUGUUGUUUACAAUACAAGAUGUCACUUAUACAGGCGGGAAAAAGAGCAGGACGAUUUUCUUACCCAAUUUAAAAUGAUGCUCAAAGAUUUAUCAUUGGCCAAAAAGCACAGUAGUAAUGCUUUCUUGAAGGAGAGAGAGGAAAUUGAAAGUGCAACAAGUUCAGAUGAAAUAAUUGAUAUAAUUGAUCCAUAUUGGAGCUUCUCUAAUUGUGGCUUUCUUCGGUGCAUUAUCAGAAUAUUUGGUACAAGGGAAUUAAAACAAGAAAUGAAGACCUACGUUACGGACAUAGAAGACUUUCAGAAGAAAACAAAAGUUAAAGAUUGGUACAUGGCUACGAUGGGCGAAGCAAAGACAGCGGAACACUAUGAGAGGUUGUGCAUCACAGUAAAUGAAGACUGGGAAGAACGCACACUCUAUGAUGCUUACCAGUUUAAGAAGGACCUUGACAUCAAAGCUGCUAUCACCAAUGAAGCUGCAAGUCCUGUGAUUGAUUUUGACAUUGGAUCUCUUAAGAUCGUAAUGGCUUUUGCACCAGUGGUAGUUCCAGAAGUUAAAGUAGUUAUUGAAGAUCCACAGUUUCGACUUUCACAUAAUAUUGUAGAAGCAGUAUGGUUACCUUCUUCAACCUCUUCACUGCCCCAACCAUCUAGUCAGCCUUCUUUGGAUCAGAGAGGUUCAGAACGAGUAACACUACUCAUCAAAUAUAAGGAAGAACGCCUACAACUUUCUCUGAAUCUUUCAAGCAAAGUUCUUGAAUUGAAAAGCCGUCUAGUGCAGUGUUGGCGUUGGCUUAAGGAUUCCAGUUAUACUCUAGAGUUCAAUGAUGAAGUACUGGAAAAUCAUGAAGAAAUUCGGAAAUAUGGCAUUGACGAAAAAUCUAUAAUCAUUCUCAAAAUUUUCCCACUUGACAGCAGUCAAGCACCGCCCUCAGGGUCUCAGGGUACACGCAGUUUACAUGAUACUCUCUAUCGCCAAAGUAAGUAUCGUCCCUAGGCAAAAUUGUUAACUUCAAUAUCCUUGUUCCUAGUGACUUACCAUGAAGAUCCUGAACAUACUGCUCUGGAGAAAACUGAGCAGAUACAGAUUACUUAUAGGACAAUGAAAGGCUAGUCCUUCACUGUGUAGCUUUUCAUGUGAGAUUGCAUUGCGUGGUACAGGGUAUUCCUCGUGUGAUAGACCCUCGCCAGCGGUGCAACUUAUGUCUGACAUAGAUACGGGGUUAUCAGAGCCACAGAGAAUUUCAGUUGUUGGAUCAGCUACAGUAAACUCAGACAUUAAUUCAGAUCGACUGGGGAAUAUCCCAGAUCGAAUUGAGCAUAAACCCUCUGGUUCUAUUACGCAGACAUUAAAGACAGCAGUUGAAGAAGUCUCAUUGUUGCUUGCGAAGUACACUACAUUGGCAAGUGAGCACUAUAUAGCACAGCAAGGGUGGUAAUUCAGUAGUAUACCAGGUAUCAAUCGUUAUCUUGCAACUCUUUGCUUAAAUUAUCUCACCACGUCACUCUGGUAGACUUUGUGAACAAUUAAACUAUACCCAUUACACUCUUUUUCCAAGGAAAAAAGAGCAGCCCUGAGUGGAAAUUGAAUACACUCUAAUUUAAUGUGUCAAUGUGUAAGGUUCAGGUUAUGAAUAACUUUCGGUCUUUUUUCCAAAGAAAUUGUUCAUGAUUUUGAAUUAUAUGUUGUACAGCGCAAGGCUUUGAGUCUGCCAGUUUUGUUAUGGAAAGGAUAAGUAUGUUUUACCACCAGUCUCAGAGAAUUGCUCUAUCAAGUGUCAGAAACCUCUUGGGUGGAUUCCAGAAGGAAUCAAUCUGUGGGAUAGUGAAAGAUCCCGAGUUUACUGCAGACAGUAAGAUCAGAAUAGGUGGUGGAAAGAACGUUGUAAAGGAGUUGUAUUGUCCAGCCACUGUGGAAAUGAAAUCUGAGAUGAAAGAUAUCACUAAAGGUGUAUUCUUACUGAAUAUAAGUGAGUAUCAUUUUAUAUAUAC